AUGGGCAGCCUCGCCGGCGGGGUCGGGGCCAGGCGGCCGCGGUUCCUGUGCCUGCACGGCUUCCGGACCAGCGGCGAGAUCAUGCGGAAGCAGGUGGUGGGGAAGUGGCCCGCCGAGGUCACGGCGCGCCUCGACCUCGUCUUCGCCGACGCGCCCUUCCCGGCCGAGGGCAAGUCCGACGUCCACGGCAUCUUCGACCCGCCCUACUACGAGUGGUUCCAGUUCGACAAGGGAUUCACGGAGUACAGGAAUUUCGACAAAUGCCUGGCUUACAUCGAGGAGCUCAUGAUCAAAGAAGGGCCCUUUGAUGGACUAAUGGGUUUCUCCCAGGGCUCGAUUCUAUCUGGCGCACUUCCGGGGCUCCAAGAACAAGGAUUGGCCUUGACUAGAGUUCCUAAGAUCAAGUACCUCAUAAUCAUAGGCGGCGCCAAGUUCCGCUCACCCGCAAUAGCCGAUAAGGCCUACGCCAACAUGAUCAAAAUCCCCUCGCUUCACUUCCUCGGCGACAAUGACUUCCUUAAACCCCAUGGUGAACAGCUCAUAGAGUCAUUUGUGGAUCCAUUCAUUAUACGUCACCCAAAGGGCCACACGGUCCCAAGGCUCGUUGAUGAGACGAGUUUGGAAGUCAUGUCCCGUUUCCUUGACAAGAUGGAAAAGGAGAUAUCUGAACUUCCAUCCGUCAAGGCUGAGGCCGAGGCUGAAGCAGCCGCUGAUGUUGACGAAAAAGAAGUGUGCAUCUGA